AUGAGCAACUUACCACCAAAGAAGGAGUCCGUCAUGGGCGUUCCACCUUUCAUCAUUGACUUCUUGAUGGGUGGUGUCUCCGCUGCCGUCUCCAAGACCGCCGCUGCUCCCAUCGAGCGUGUCAAGCUCUUGAUCCAAAACCAGGAUGAGAUGUUGAAGACUGGUCGUCUCGACCGUAAAUACGAUGGUAUCGUUGAGUGCUUCAAACGUACCACCGCACAAGAAGGUGUUGCCUCCUUAUGGAGAGGUAACACUGCCAACGUUAUCCGUUAUUUCCCUACACAAGCCUUGAACUUCGCUUUCCGUGAUACCUACAAGUCGAUGUUCAACUUCAAGAAGGACCGUGAUGGAUAUGCUAAGUGGAUGGCCGGUAACUUGGCUUCCGGUGGUGCUGCUGGUGCCACUUCCCUCCUCUUCGUCUACUCCCUCGAUUACGCCCGUACCCGUCUUGCCAACGACAACAAGAACGCCAAGACCGGUGGUGACCGUCAAUUCAACGGUUUGGUCGAUGUUUACAAGAAGACCCUCGCUUCCGAUGGUAUUGCCGGUCUCUACCGUGGUUUCGGUCCUUCCGUUGCUGGUAUCGUCGUUUACCGUGGUCUUUACUUCGGUAUGUACGAUUCCAUCAAGCCAGUCCUCCUCGUUGGACCUCUUGAGGGUAACUUCCUUGCAUCCUUCUUGCUCGGAUGGACUGUCACCACUGGUGCCGGUAUCGCUUCUUACCCAUUGGACACCAUCCGUCGUCGUAUGAUGAUGACUUCUGGUGAGGCCGUUAAGUACAAGUCUUCCUUGGAUGCUGGUCGUCAAAUCGUUGCCAAGGAGGGAGUUAAGUCUCUCUUCAAGGGUGCUGGUGCCAACAUUCUCCGUGGUGUUGCAGGUGCUGGUGUCUUGUCCAUCUACGAUCAAAUGCAAGUCUUGAUGUUCGGAAAGGCAUUCAAGUAA